GCUCUCUUUGGAUUUUGUCUUCUCGCGUUACUUGUGUCACUGUUCUCUGGCCCAUUUCUGGUGCCCAUAGCAACAGUAAACAUACUGCGACUCCUAUCGUUGUGGACGGGAUGGCUACUGACGAAGGAGCACCACAAGAACUCACAGACUGUCUAUACUACCUUGAAAAUGUGUCAAUACCUGAAGACUCCGAGGACCAUUAUGAGUUUGAGGAGGUUCCUAUUGAUGAUGAAUGGAGCCUAACCGAAGGAGAGGAGGAUUUGGGGGCUGUAAUGAAAGCGCUCUGUGAUCGCGCAGAUGGUACAGGAACAGUGCCAAAGAGCAUUACACCUGAUAAGCAGCAAAUAUUCCAUAUACCUGAGGUUGUGGAUGACUUUGUACGGAAUUUUUUGGUAAGAAUGGGAAUGCACAAAACCCUAGACUGUUUUCAGACAGAGUGGUAUGAGAUGGUUUACAAGGGCAAGUUGAACAAGGAACAGGUUGGGAUUGUACAAGAUGCAUACACACAGAACCAGCUCCUUGACAACAAGCUCCAAAAUGUGCAGAGGGAGCGUGAUGAUUACAGGGAGGCUGCUUUCAAAGCUGGCGAGGUGCUUGUAAGGCUGCGCAAGGAGCGGGACUUUCACCGCCUGCAUCACAAACGCGUAGCCCAGGAGAAGAACAGACUGAUAGAGGACUUCAAACGACUGAAGAAGCACUAUGCCUCCUAUGAGCCGGCCAUGCAGAUGCUGACAGAUAAGUACCAGGCAGCACUGAAGCAGAAGAUGCUUGUCAGUUUGGAGAGGGAUAGGGCUCUAGGGCAACUCCAGGGUCUGGAAGUCAGCCUUCGCAACACAGCAGCCAAAGGGGUAGACCGCCUGUCGGCAGGGUCUCAUUCAGCUAGCAGGGAGCCUGGCCUGCUGCAUGGUCAGGGCAGGCUGAAAGGCAGUGCAGGGGAGGACUCCAGGCCACAGGCUGAAGGCAUUGCCCCAAAUAAUCUGGACUCUGAGUUCCCUGCCGAUACCUGUAUAGACCCACUCCUUACCCAUGUUAAGUUGCACCCUGCUGAUGGCUCCAGAAUGCCGGUGUUCCACCUGACCAGCUCAGUGAAGGCCCACUCCCUGCCUGUGAGCUGCCUGGCCCUGCACCCACAAAAGCUGAUCGCAGCCUCCACCAGUGAUGACCACCUGUGGAAGAUGUGGGGCCUGCCAGUGGGGGAAGAGCUAAUGACAGGGGAGGGCCACAGCGACUGGCUCUCUGGCUGCAGUUUUCAACCGAAUGGAGGCCAGCUGGCUACCACCAGUGGCGAUGCCACGGUCAAGGUCUGGGACUUCUCCCUGGGCCAUUGUGUCCUGACUCUGGAGGGCCACACCCAUGCCACCUGGGGUUGCUCCUUCCACUCCUGUGGCGACUUCCUGGCCUCCUGCUCCAUGGACAACACAUGCAAAGUCUGGGACCUGCACAGCCAACGCUGUCGCAAUACAUUGCGUGGCCACACGGACUCUGUCAACAGUGUCUGCUUCCUGCCAUUGUCCAACACGCUGCUCACUUGCUCCGCUGAUAAGACGCUGGCACUAUGGGAUGCCCGCACUGGUCUGCGUGCCCAGACCUUCUAUGGCCACCUGCACUCCUGCAACCAUGCAUCCUUCAGCUUGCCAGGCAAUGCUGUUGCUUCCUGUGACUCCUACGGGGAAGUGAAGCUGUGGGACAUCAGAAAGGCGACUGUUGUGGUAACUGUGUAUAUAGGCCCUCACCCCAGCAACCAGGUGGCUUUCAACCCUUCGGGCUGGACACUAGCUGUUGCCAGUAAUGAUGGCUCAGUGAAGCUGGUGGAUCUGGGCUCUUCCCAGGUUACCAGUUUAGUGGGGCAUGAGGAUGCCGUGCAGAGCGUAAUUUUUGACCAUAAAGGGGAGUACUUACUGUCAGGUGGCUCAGAUGGAAUGAUUCACAUCUGGUCAUGAAAAAAUUAAUUAAUUAAUCAAAUUUUACUAAAUAUAGGGCUUUUCACAAAUUAAUUAUCACCGAGCAUUACACAAAGGCACAAAAGUAAAUGUAGCUAUUGUUGUCAGAAUCUAUGUAACUUGAAUAUUUAUUUCCAAUUUAGUGUGGUUUGUCUAAUGGAAAAGAGUACUGUGUAAAAAAAAAAAGAUUAAGGCCAUGUUCUAAAUAGUCAGGCUUCUUGUGUUGAAGCAUACAUCAUAAAAACAUUUUUUUCUGGCAGGCUGGGAUUCACCUUUAUAACAAGGGAAAACUUUUCAUUCUAUAACUCAUGAUGGAUAACUUUUAGUAAGCCUGAGGUCAAGACUGAUUCCUUAAAAGUGAAACAAUAAUUAAUCUGUUGGUUAUUGUUUAAUUCUAUUCUAUGACUGCAUUUUGUUCCAGACUGUUCUGGUUUUAUAUUUAUGAUUAUGUCAAUUAAGAAGAUCUCAAAAGAAUAUUGCUGUUUCUUAGGGUAAAAAUCAUUUUCUUGAACACAAUUAUACUAAUUUCCCUCCAGAAACUAUUUUUUCAUGUACAUGCAAAUAUUUAGAACAAUGUAUCAACC